UUUGAAACAUGGUGUGUUUUUAAGUGUUUUUAGGUUAAGUCCCACCUUAAGAGAACUUGUACAGUCAAGGCUGUGGUCUAAGGAAAAUUAUGGGGAACCCAAAGGUUCCUAAUCAUGAAAUCCUGCCUAGGUGGCCAGCACUUAAGCAUAAAUGAGAGAAGUAGGUUUUCCAGUCGCCCAAAGGCCAAUGGCACCCGGGCGCUUCUAGAGCUCAGCCAUGACAGUGGUUAAGCUUGGUUAGAAUACACUAAACUAGUAAAUAUACCUAGAACCAGUUGCCAAAACAGUGACUGGGAGUGCACUUUCUAAAUGUACAUAUGAUAUACACUACUCUCAUGUAACGAACGUUUCAACUUUUCCUUUCUUCGCAUUCCUUUCUUCCUGUAAUACAUUUCUUCCUUUUAGUUUUUUGCCAUUGAAAGGAAAAAAGCGGGCACCUGCAGCAGCUAUAAUGAUGUAAAACAACUAAUUUUAAUUUUAAAAAAUGCUCGGUUGACUUUCAAUGUGAUUGGUUGGUGGUAUUUUUAAAACUUUUUCUAAUAGUUCAACAUAACUGGUUAUUCUAAACCUGCUUAAAACCUGUUUAAAUCUUCCUCCAGUGGGAAAUACCGCAAACCGGCCUGGACCGACAGAGUACUGUGGCAUGAAUCAGAGGAAAAGAAAAACACAGUUCGACUUGAGUGUUACACGUCACAGCAGGCUUACCAAACAAGUGAUCACAGACCUGUUGGUGCUUCACUUCUGGUCGACCUGAAUGACUUGCUCUCGUCCAUGGAGGAUCCUAUCUUGUGGAAGUUGGACCUCAUGAGUCUUCCGUGGUACGGAAAUGAGGACGGUCUGUGUGUCUAUGUUGUCAAGAAUUACAAGACCUACAGCUGGGACUGGAUUGGUCUAUACCGGGUCGGCUUCCAACAUUUGUUCGAUUACGAGAUGUACGAGUGGGCCGUGGGGGACGGGGACGAGUAUGGCGAGAACGGCUGCGCAGUGUUGUUCGACUGUCUGCCAGAGGAGGCUGGUCAUUACGUCAUGUGUUAUUACAGUUACAAACUGGAUUGUGUUAUCUCUGUGAGCGAUCCUUUCGAGAUUCUUCCACCGCGAGAUGAGGAUAAGGACCCAGUUGAAGUCCAGGUUGAGCAGCCCACAGAGGACGUUUGCUCUUGUCAUUUUGAGAAGUUUCGGACAACGGACUUGCUCUCGUCCAUGGAGGAUCCUAUCUUGUGGAAGUUGGACCUCAUGAGUCUUCCGUGGUACGGAAAUGAGGACGGUCUGUGUGUCUAUGUUGUCAAGAAUUACAAGACCUACAGCUGGGACUGGAUUGGUCUAUACCGGGUCGGCUUCCAACAUUUGUUCGAUUACGAGAUGUACGAGUGGGCCGUGGGGGACGGGGACGAGUAUGGCGAGAACGGCUGCGCAGUGUUGUUCGACUGUCUGCCAGAGGAGGCUGGUCAUUACGUCAUGUGUUAUUACAGUUACAAACUGGAUUGUGUUAUCUCUGUGAGCGAUCCUUUCGAGAUUCUUCCACCGCGAGAUGAGGAUAAGGACCCAGUUGAAGUCCAGGUUGAGCAGCCCACAGAGGACGUGUAAACAACAACAACAAUAAACAACUGACAACAAUUUUAUUGACGCUCGCACUCACCGCCUCUUAACCCAGGGACCCUAACGUGCACACAUGAAGAAACAGAAGAUACAUUUUCAUUAUACUGACAUGUCUUUUAGUUGCUCUUGUCAUUUUGAGAAGUUUCGGACAACGGUAAGUAGUAGGAGUCUCAAGCCAUCAAUUUUCGGAAGUGUUCGUAACCACUCGGGCCAUUUGCGAAUAUUUUCCGAAGGUACGUUUGGUCCUUGGCGUCGCUAUCACAAACCGCGUCCAAAGCACUCAAAGUGGCUGCAAUUAGGAUAAACAUCCAGGUGAAUUUCAUCUUUGUUUUGCUCUAGUCCCAUUUAGGAUGCCCCGUAUGUAAUCGAGAGAUUUAAUUUUUGCAGCGUAAAUACAAAGAGCUGCAAGUAAUAUAUUUUGCGUAGUAUUUGCAAGGGAUUUAUAGAAACCUCAGCAGAGAGGUUUUCUACAGAAGCUCAAAGUAACGCAAGAGGCCAUUGGCUUUAUGUUGUAAAUAUUUUAUUUAAAAACAGCUUGGAUAGUGUUAUCAGCUAGGUAUUUACUCAGUUAAGGCAACCGCCAAUUUAGAUUGAGACAGCUGAUGUUUCGAGUAAAGCAGGGGAUUAUCGAUCGGAAAUGUUUUCCUUUGCUGACUUCGACAGUCAACUCUAUUAAUUUUAUGUUUUCUCCCAGCAGUCUUGCUGGCAGUAUAUUGGGGGUGCUUAUUUUAUCGGGGGUGGUGUUUAUUUUAUCGGGGUGCAUGGGUCAUUAUCGAAAGGAACUUUGCCUUUCGACAAUGGUUGUACUUGUCUUCUUGCCGAUUCUUGGCAAGGAUUUUGCACUUGAAACAGGCUGAAUACCUCUAACAAUACCGGAUACUUAAACUCUUAAAACGUACAAAUAUGAACCUCAAAACUGUUUCUACAGAUUAAUCUAACAUCCAAAGUCUCUUACUAUCUUAAUACUAUCACCGAGCGACAUGGAAAACAAGCCCUGCAGAAAGGAUGGGGCUUUAUCUCGAGAUUAUUCAUUCCUGUGUUAUAAAGUACACAGACAAUUGAUAAGGAUAAGUAUAAUGCUAUCAGUGUAAUAGAGAGGUUUUACAAUUGAGUGUCGUGAAACAAAAAUGGCUAGGCCUGUGUACAAAUAUUCGAAUAUUCUUUGAGAUAUUCCGAAACUUCCUGGAUCUUUAGAAGAGUUUCUGAUACUUAGAAAUAUGCAGUUUCAUGGUGUUUCCGGUUGUUUUGCGCUAUUUAUUGCCAACUGUAUUCUAGUUAAGUGGUUUUCCAGAGAGUAAUAUUUUCCAAGUACUAUAACAGCAAGAACAGGUUGUAAAUUUAUUUUGGGAGACAUGACAAAUACCGUGAAACUGAAAAAAAAAACUUUACAUGCACUGUCGGACAAAUUUUCCUUUCUUUCUGAGUCAAAAUGAUAACAUUCGGUACAAGUAUGUCAAGAUGUUGAAACAAAAAUUCGGGAUUUUCAAAAAUAAAAAUACGGUAUAUUUAUUAAGUUUUAGCAGUAUUGUGGAAUUUCUGGAAAGAUGCUUGGUCGAUUUGACGUGAAAUUUGUGUCUAGCCCUUACUCGGGCCAAUCAAAAGGAACACGGACAACACAGCGAACCAAUCAAAACUCGAAGCAAGCAUACCCAGCUGGUUUUUACUCCUGAUUGGACAAGAAAGCGGCGGGAUGUUUUUCAACCAAUCACUGAGCGUAGUGAUGAAAACCCAAUCAAAUGCAAAUUACGGCACUCAAUGUAAAACUACUCUUAACAAAAAAAUCGAUGUCAAGUUUGUGUAAUAGACCAUAAAGGUGAAUCAAACAUACUUCAGGAUACUAAAACCCACUGUAAAGAAUAUCGAUUAUCCCGCUUAAUGAAUUACUAAGGUUUGAAAUGUUCUAAAUUACAAAUAAUUUACUGUUGAAAUACAUGUAUAAUACAAAUAUUGCAAAAAUUAGGUAGAUAUUUUAACAUUGCAAAAUAAGGUGAUAUGUGUGUAUAACAUUUGACUCCACCAUGCUAGAAUUAAAAGUCUAAUCAAAAAAGCA